AUGGCAGGAGCCAUCCCUGCAGCCUGGUGCCACCCAGGCCACCCCCUGUCCCCCCGGCCCCUCGGAGCCCGCUGGCCCCACCCCAGCUCGGCCCCACUGCGCAGCCCAGCCUCUCCCCCUGCACAAACACCAGCUGCCAUGAGACACGGUGCCGGAGCGGUGCCACUGCUGCUCAACAUGUACCUGCCAGAUCCAGUGGGGGAAACUUUAUUCAAAGACGGCAAGAGCCAGGCGUGGGGGUCCCUCAGCCCGGCCGUGCAGAAAGGCAGCGGGCAGAUCCAGCUGUGGCAGUUCCUGCUGGAGCUGCUCUCGGACCGGGCCAACCUGAACUGCAUCGCGUGGGAAGGCACCAACGGAGAAUUCAAGCUGAUCGACCCCGACGAGGUGGCACGCCGCUGGGGCGAGCGGAAGAGCAAGCCCAACAUGAAUUAUGACAAGCUGAGCCGGGCCCUGCGCUACUACUACGACAAGAACAUCAUGACCAAGGUGCACGGCAAGCGCUACGCCUACAAGUUYGACUUCCACGGGCUGGCGCAGGUGUGCCAGCCGGCCGCCCCCGAUCACACCCUCUACAAAUUCCAGGGCAACCUGGCCCCGCUGCCCUUCUCGGGCAUCUCCAAACUCAACCUCAUGACCUCAGGGGUCACCCCGGCCGGCUUUUCCUACUGGCCUGGCUCCAGCCCCUCGCUCUACCCCGGGCACAGCCUGCAGCCCUCGGCCCCCUUCAGUGCCAUGGCAGCCUCCCACCUCAACAACAUGAACAACCACUACCAUUAG